AUGGCUCCUGUCACCGUUUCUUCAUCGGGUAUUGGCGUUGCUCAUUUGCCCAACCAACGGCACAAAAUUGUCACCAACCGUGGUGCAAAGUUCACCGUCAUGGUGUGUGGCGAAUCGGGUGUUGGCAAGACCACUUUUAUCAAUACACUCUUUACAACGUCCAUCAAGUCAUACAAGAAUCCUGCAAAGCGCCAUGAGAAGCAGCUCGAUCGUACUGUCGAGAUUGAGAUUACCAAAGCAGAGUUGGAGGAACAGAUGUUCAAGGUCAAGCUCAAUGUGAUUGAUACGCCCGGCUUUGGUGAUUAUGUCAACAACUACGAUAGCUGGUUGCCUGUGGUCGAGUUCAUUGAUGAUCAGCAUGAGAACUAUAUGCGUCAAGAGCAACAACCAAGUCGUCAAGGUGUCAUCGAUAUGCGUGUGCAUGCUUGCCUUUACUUUAUCCGACCCAAUGGCCAUGGGUUGAAGCCUUUGGAUAUCGAGAUUAUGAAGCGUCUAGGAUCCCGUGUCAACUUGAUUCCUGUCAUUGCCAAGGCAGAUACCCUUACUCCCAAUGACCUUGCGCAAUUCAAGCAACGUAUUCUAGAGACGAUCGAAGCACAAAACAUCCGCGUCUACUCGUGCCCCAUUGAGAGUGAUGAAGAAGAUGUGACUACCCGAAACAAGGAUAUCAUGUCAGCCAUGCCAUUUUCCAUCAUUGGAUCCACGCAGCAAGUCAACACGCCUGAUGGUCGUCAAGUGUUGGGUCGUCAAUAUUCAUGGGGUGUGGCCGAAGUGGAGAAUGAAGAUCAUUGCGACUUUAAAAAGUUACGCAACCUGUUGAUCCGCAACCAUAUGCUUGAUUUGAUUUCCACGACCGAAGAGAUUCACUAUGAAAACUAUCGUCAACAACAAAUGGCUUCUCGCAAGUUUGGUGAACCAAAGGUGAAGAAAUACGAGAACCCCAAGCAUCGUGAGAAGGAAGACUUGCUUCGUAAGCAAUUCACAGAGCAAGUUAAGGCUGAAGAAAACCGUUUCCGUCAAUGGGAGCAGCAGUUGGUGUCCGAACGUGACCGAUUGAAUAAGGAUUUGGAAGAUCAACAUGCACGAAUCAAAGCCCUUGAAGCCGAACUUGAGCAAAUCUAUCACCUUCAGAGCCGUGGUACCUUGAGAAGGUAG